GAAAAGACCACCAUGUCGAUCAUGGAUUUCUUUUCGAGCCAUGGUUCUGCCGCCGGCCCCGCGGCCACGGCACACGAGCGUCCCAUGGCCUCGAACACGGCGGCGGCGUCGGCGUCGCCGCACACGGAGCCGAAUGCCUUGGCGUCGAUGUCCUCGGCAGGAGGUGGCCAUGAUAUGGAUGAGAGCCCGCAAGCACUGGACCAAUGGAACACAAUGGUUGAAAGUGGUUUCAUCACUGAGCAGGUUCAGGUUCGCAUCAGCAAACUUCUGGACCUGCCCCGGCGUUUCGAGGGAGGUCGUCCUGUCCCUUACCAGAUCUUAGCCUCUGAUGAUGAGAGGGUCCUGGGACGGCUCUCCAGGUUGGGUGGUGUAGCCCCGGCAGAGCAGAAGAAGGAGACUGUGGAUCUGAUGGAAGCAAAGGGCAUCAUGAACCUGAAGACAAGUAGCGCCAUCAUCAUUCUGGAGCUGCUGUAUGAAGAUGGUGUGGCCAUCGCCAGCUGCUCAUUAAGCAGGAUGGAUCCCAGAUCUGCCAAGAAAAACACGUACGGCGUGGAAGAUCAACGCAGCGCCAGUGCUAUUUGUGGCGUGGAGUUGACCAUCUUCGAAGGUCGCCAGGACCUUCCCGAGGACUUGGCCCAGACUCAGCUGCCCUCAGCGGCAUCCAUUGGAUCAUCCAUCCACCAGCCCACCAGGCAGCGCGGCACGAUGCCCACGAUGCCACCCGACAUCCCACCAGCCACCCCCAGUGGCCCCAGUGGCCCCGUCCGACGCCGGAGUGCUGCACCCAUGGCCCCUGAGACGCCACCGGUGGGAUUUCCACCUGGGGCUGGCGAGGCACCACCUCCCAGCAAGGCGAUGCCCGCCCCGAGUUUUUCGCUGGGCCCCAGUGGCGCGCCACCCCACGCGGCGGUGCCGGCACCGCCGCCGGUGAAUUGGAUGCCGGCGCCGGUGAACCGGAUGGGCGGAGCAUGUGGAGCGAGCUGCCCAGCUCCCAUUGGACGGGAGCUGACACUGCAGGUGACGCAGUUGAUGGAUAUGCCCAGCCGCCAGGGACAACGCUAUGUGGUUCGCGUGCUUGACAACGUGGGGCAGCUAGCAGCCACGAAGCAGGUGGGUGAUCCUUUUGCCACCUAUGCGCAGACGGUGCUCAUUAAGACGGACGGCAUCCUGCCGCUGCGAACGGAGUCCUACUUCUUGACAGUGCAAGUGGAUUAUGCAGAUGGCAACACUAUUGGGUCAUGUCAGAUCUUUCGUCCAGACCCACGGUCUGAGAAGAGUUCACGUUACCUGCUGACGGAUGCCGCCGGGCAAUCUGCCAACUGCGGCAUUGAACUGCAGGUGUUUGAAGGGAAAAAGGCUCAGGUGCAUGCCCGCAUGGGAGCGAACCUCGACUCUGGGAUGCGGGUCGUGGGUCGUUUACAACUGCGCAUCCUGGCGGCCUUUCGCUUGCGUGAUUUGUCCGGUGCUCCGCCUUCCGCCUUCGUAAAGGCCAAGGUAGGCCAAACUGAGCACAGGACCCUGACAGUCGAAAGCAGUCAAGAUCCCAUUUGGAGCACCAGCAACUUGUUUACUUUUCCUGUCACUGCCAUGGACGGAGAGUUGGAAAUGGAGGUCGUGAACUCAUCGGUGAAUUCCACGGAAGUCCUGGGCACGUUGAGCCUGGCCUUGUGGAACGUCCCCAGCGGCCAAUGGCUCCAGCGAAGAGAAAAGCUCCGGCGCGAUGCUGGAGAGUUGGAAUAUGCCUUCCUCUUCGAACCGGCCAAGGUGUCCACGCAACUCGCUGGAGAUAUGGUUGGCAAGGUGCCAGCACCACCGGCAGCGCCAUUUUUCCAACAUCAACGCUUGAUGGAGGGCCCAUAUGGAGGCGCCCCACCGGGAUGGCAAAGUGAUCAGAUGGUUCCCCUGCCACCUGGAAGUCUCAUGGUGGGUGAAUUGGUUCUGCCACCGCUGAUGGCAGGCUGGGAAAAUGCCAUGGGUCCCCGUGCACCACUGCGCUCUCUGCCACCGCCGCCGGAGAAGGAGGAACCCAGGCUGGAAGAGCAUCAGAUGCUGUUUCCGGAUAUGUUUCAUUUCGAUCGUGAUGACCAUGAAGCUGAGGAGUUAUGGCUAAAGCCGCCCGAACGCAGCAAGGUGGAUUCCUUCUUUGGCGCUGAUCGUGACUUCGAGGUGCUGGCCUUGACGGCUGAAAAGUGGCGUGCUCCCGUCAUCACCCCUUUGGACGUGGAUGUCUUCCAUGACAAGGUUUUUCCGGAUAUGGACGUGAGUGUGCUUCAACCGAGACGGAAGGAGGUUCCUGUCAAGGAGGUGAAGACCAAGGUCACGGAAAGGCGUACAAAGGGCCUUCCAGAAGUACCAGUAGAUGGGUGGAUGGAGAACAAGCCCAAGCAGAAUCUGAAGAUCAAAGAUCAAGAGCCACGUCAACCUUUGAGGCCACUGGAGGAUGAAACGCAGCGUAGUUAUGACAACGAGGAAGCCCGUGACGCUGAGGGUCGGAAGGCCAAGGCUCCAUGUAUUUCGCCCAUUAUGGAGGCUCGGAACAGGCGACGCGAUGCCAAACUGAAGGUCGAGCGGGAGAUGGUUCGACCAGAGCAGGCCAGGGACAUUGAGCAGCAGUUGCUGAGUCCAGAGAUGAUUUCCUUAGACCCAGAGCUGCGGCCAGGGAAUUUCCGGGCGCAGGUCAUCAGCCACUUGGGUGGAGAGGAACCGGGCCGGGAACGGCGCGUGUGGGUUCGAAGCUCGACAGAGGAUGCCCAGAUCAUGGAGGUGCCACGGGAUAGCCAAGAGUGGCUGGAACCCUUCCAAAGCGAAGAAAUGCACGUUGGUCUGUCCAGUCUACCAGGAAAGCGGGGCAGUAUGGAUCCGUUGCCGUGUCAGGAUUGUUGUAGCCUCACAGAGUUCGAGAGCAACGAUGUCUUGUAUGUUGUUUGUGAUGGACAUGGUCCUUUUGGCCAUUUGGUGGCCUUCCGUGUGGCGCAAAGUUUGCCGCAUGCCUUUGAGAAACAUUCAGCAGCUCAACCUGAGCCAGCCUUGGUAGAUGCUUUUCGAGAAGCAGCACUGGACCUUGCAGCAUUUGCAGAUGGGAACAUGGUGGACAUUUCCUCGUCCGGUUGCAGCUGUAGUGUCGUUCUGCGACGUGGGUCAGACGUGUUGAUUGCCUCCCUGGGUGAUUGCCGCACCCUGGCAGCCGCAGUCUCCGAGAAGUCCCAACGUGUCGAUUUCGUUACGGCAGCACACAGUACGGACGUCCGCGAACUUCAGAGGGUGCGCAACACGGGUGCAAAGCUCAUUCAGGUGCCGCCCAAUUCCGGACACGUUCGGAUCUUCACGCCGGGAGAGCGGACGCCUGGUCUCUACACCACCCGUUCGCUGGGCGAUUCCAGUGCGGAGGCCCUUGGUGUUCUUCGAGAGCCUGAGUUCCGACAGAUGUCCUUUUCCAGGACAUCUGGGUUGAUCCUCUUGGGCACCGGAGGUUUCUGGGAGGUCUUGGAUCACCGGUCCGGGCCAGGGCUCGAGGCUGUGCAAUUUCUGUUGAGCGCUGGCCGCUUGAGGGAAUGCGGUCCUCAGUUUGCAGCUGGGAGUCUCACAGAGGAGUUGAAAGAACGAUGGCAGCAGGCAACUGAUGGCUGCUAUGACGAUUUGUCGUGCAUUCUGCUGCAUUGGUCGAGACCAGGACAUCCUUCGGACGCCGCGCGGCUGUCGGAGGCUGCCGUUGCAGCAGUUCCUGCAACAGGCGGGCGCCCAUUGGCUUCCUCCCAGCCAGGUGCAGCAAGUGUUCCAACUCCCCUUUCUGCUACGUCUCUGGAGCCUGCAGAGCUUCCGGACGUCUCGCUGUGCCCCGCUGCGUUGCAAGCGCAACUGCUGGGCGAUGCCGUCGCCGGAGCCUGGCGAAGGGAGCCGAUGCCCGGGCAGCGCUUGAGGCUACAACGCUUGGAUGCUGAAGGACUUGCGCAAGCGCUACCAGAGUUCCAAGCAGAUUGCCCGGCAGAGGUCGCAGUUCGGCAAAGUAGCCAGGAUUGCUUUAGCAUCACCCGGAAGAUUGGAGGGUUGACAGUCUACGUGGUGUGCACCGGCCACGGCCCGUGGGGCAAAGUGGUGUCCUUCCGAGCUGCUCAGAGCAUCCCCAAACUGCUGCUGGAAGCAACUGAGGCGGCCACCGAACAGCUCUUAGCCCGGGCCGUGAAGUUUGCCACCUGCGAGCUAAAACAGUUUGCUGAGAAGAAUGGAUAUGACUUGAGGCAUUCAGGUGCCAGCGUCAGCAUCUUAUUGCGCCAGGGCAGCUCCAUCCACAUGGGAUGGCUGGGAGAUAGCCGACUGAUGGUGGCUACGAUCUAUGGCGGGUUCCACAGGCUGGAUUUGCUGAGUGAUCCUCAGCUGGUUCAAAACGAGCCAGAGGGAAGACGGAUGGCAGAGCAAUUGGCUGAAGUGAAGGAGGUUUCCGGGGAACUGCAAGCCUUUGCACCCAACGACUCCAUCGGCUGUCGCCUAUCGAGGGCCAUUGGCAACUUCGCCUUGGCGGAUCACGGCUUGUUGUCACAGCCCGAGUUGGCCAAGACCAGUUUCGAAGCUUCGCCGGGUCUGGUGCUGAUGGGAGCCGGAAAGCUCUACGACUCGAUGACGGGAGAGGUUGUUCUUCAGAAGCUUCUGGACGGCCAACUGCAAACAGCAGGGGCAGGCCCAGCACUACGACAUUUAUGUGAAAACUUGGACCUCGCGUGCAUUCUGCUGUAUUGGCCAGCUCCUGUGGAGGAAACGCUGGAAAGUGAGACACCAGCGCCAGCACCAACGCCGACACCUGUCUUGCCACAAGUCUCUGAGGCACCUGCACCACAGGCAGCCAUGGCAGCCAUGGCGACCCUCCCGCAGCCGGAUGCACAGAUCAAAGUGCAGGAGGCCUCUGCCAAGUUCUGCCCCAACUGCGGCACCAGCAACCGCCCAGCCGCACGCUUCUGCCGCCGCUGCGGCCACCGCCUGGGCGCGGAAGGGCAGGGGACGACCACCGCGAAAGGGGCCAAGGCCAAGGCUGCGAGUGCCGCGGAGAGGUAUGCGACAGCAGCCUCCAAGCCCAUUGAAAACCUGAUGAUGGCCACUCCACAGUUCGCAGCUGUCAGCCAAACCAGCCCAGUGAGGGAUGAAAGCCAAUGAAGCUCAAUCUAUUUGUGGUCCCAAAAAAGAGGAUAGAAAAGGGGGAUGAG